AUGUGGGCGCAGCUGCUGCUCCUCGGCGCGGCCCUCGCCCUCGCCGGCCUCUGGGCGUGCUUGGGCAGCCGGAGGGGCUCCCGCAACCCUUUCGUGGCGGAUGCGCGGCGGCCGCCUGCGCCUCUGGUGACGGAGAGAGAUACGCGGAAAAGGGUCCUCAAGCAAGGCUUCUCCAGGAAGAAAAUUCCCGACGGUUUGGAUGCUGUCAUUAUUGGCAGUGGCUAUGGGGGGCUGGCAGCUGCUGUGAUCCUCUCGAAAGCUGGGAAGCGGGUGCUGGUGCUGGAGCAGCAUGGAAAGGCAGGAGGCUGCUGCCACACCUUCAGCGAGAGGGGCUUCGAGUUUGACGUAGGAAUCCAUUACAUAGGACAGAUGCAGGAGGGCUCUUCUCUACGCAUGAUGAUUGACCAGCUCACAGAUGGACAGCUCCAGUGGGCCAAGAUGGACUCUCCCUUUGAUGUGGUAAUUUUUGGAGACCAGGAAAGCAACAGGCGGUACUUUCUGUACAGUGGAGAGAAGGAAUAUGUUGAAGGCCUCAAGAGACAAUUCCCUGGAGAAGAUGCAAACAUCGAUGGAUUUGUGACCCUUAUAAAGAGAGUUGCCAAAGGAAGUGCCCACAUUGCUGUUCUGAAAAUGCUCCCGAUGCCCUUGGUCAAGUUUCUGCACUGCAGUGGCCUGCUGGCUUUGAUCUCACCUUUCUUUCGGAUGGUAUCCAAAAGUGUUUCAGACGUGGUCUCCGAGCUCACUACCAAUGCAGAGCUAAGAGCAGUGUUCAGUUACAUCUUCCCUACCCAUGGAGCGUUUCCUGCCCAGUCUAGCUUCCCUUUGCAUGCAGUCCUUGUGGAUCACUUCUUGGAAGGUGGGUGGUAUCCUCAGGGAGGUGCCAGUGAAAUUGCAUUUCAUUCCAUCCCCAUCAUUGAACGGGCUGGAGGAGCAGUCCUGACCAAGGCCCCCGUGCAGAACAUCUUGGUGAAUUCUCAAGGAAAAGCCUAUGGGGUGAGCGUAAAGAAAGGCCAAGACACUGUUAACAUCUAUGCUCCAGUUGUGAUUUCUGAUGCCGGCAUCUUUAACACCUACGAGCGGCUCUUGCCAGCAAAAUGGCAAGCCCUGACAGAGAUUCAGAACCAGCUCUCCAUGGUGCAUCAUGGCAUUGCGGGAUUCAGUCUCUUCAUAGGACUCAAGGGGUCCAAGGAAGAGCUGGGACUAGAAGCCAAGAACUACUUCAUCUACCGGCACAACGACCUGGAUGAAGCGUACAUUUCUUACUUUAAUUCUUCACGAGAGACUGCUGCAAAGAAUAUCCCUUCCCUGUACAUCGGAUGUCCAUCAGCCAAGGAUCCCCUGUGGGAGAAGAGAUACCCAGGCAAGUCUGUUCUGACCAUCCUGACUGCUGCAAAAUAUGAGUGGUUUGAGGAGUGGAAGGAAGAAAAGGUGACCAAGCGUGGAAAGGAAUAUGAGAGCUUCAAAAGCAGUUUUGUGGAGAGUAUCAUGGAGAGUAUCUUGAAAUUUUACCCUCAGAUCGAAGAUAAGAUCGAGCUUAUUUCUGCAGGAACCCCUCUCACCAAUUGCCACUACAUUGGCUCUCCACGAGGAGAGAUAUAUGGGGCAGAAAACAGCAUCUCUCGCCUCCAGGUAGAAGUCACAGCAACAGUGAGACCUCAGACUCCAAUUCCAAACCUCUACCUGACAGGUCAGGAUGUUUUCCUAGGUGGCUUCCCAGGAGCGCUUCAUGGAGCCCUAGUCUGUGCUUCGGCCGUUCUGCAGCGCAACCUCUACGUCGACUUUAUGUGGCUAGAAAGAAAACUCAAAGCUAACAGCUUGAAAAAGAACAACUGAGUCUUCACGUCUUGCCUCGUUAAGGGGUCCUACUGCUCCUGUUUGCCGUAGGCCAUGACUCCGAAGCUGCCUGGGUCCCGGGUUCCCUUUCCCAGCAAUGGAUGAUAUCUGGUCCUGAGACUAGGCAUAUAUGGGCCUAGGCCCACCUCUUAGGACAGCUCCACUUCAGAGACAUUGCUGUGGGGCCACUGCUGUAAUUUUGAUGUGUAGGCACAUUGAGUGAUGGUGCUAGGUUUGUCUUGAUGUAAAUGACUCUCCCACCUUCAACUACAUCAGAACCUCAGAGUCCUGCUGGAUCAGAACAAUGUUCCAUCUAG